AUGCGUCUCACUCAGGCCGCCGUUGUUGCUAUCUUAGCAUUCACUGGAGCUGCUGCUCCUUUGGCUGCUGAGAAUAGCCUUGCAGUCCGCGGUGGUGAUAGCUCAAGCUCAGGAAGCGAUGCUAGCACGUCGUGGUCAGGAUCGGGCUCCGGCUCCAAGGGGGGCGACUCGGGCUCUUCUGGCGGCUGGGAAUCGUCUGGAUCAGGAGGCGACAAGGACUCCUCUGGCGGCGACGAUAACGACAAAGAUACGGGCUCUUCCGACGGCGACAAGGGAAGCUCUGGUUCUUCUAGCUCAUUCGGCUGGGGUGGCGACAAGGGAGACUCUGACUCUUCCGGUUCGGGCAGCGGGGCUUCCUCUGCAUCAUCUGGAUCUAGCGAUAAGGAUUCGUCAGGAUCUGGUUCUUGGGGCAGUGACAAGGGAGCGUCAACUGGCGGCGACAAAGGCAGCUCUGACUCUGGCUCUGGCUCUGGCUCUGGCGCUGGCGCUGGCGGUGACUCUGGCUCAAAGUCGUCCUCUGGCUCUGGAUCUGGCUCUGGCUCUGGCGCUGGCGGAGAAGGAGGCGACUCUGGGUCCAAGGGCGGUGAAUCUGGUUCAAAGUCGUCCGCCGAUGAUGACUGUAACUCUGGCUCUGGUUCUGGCGGAGAAGGAGGCGACUCUGGGUCCAAGAGCGGCGAUUCUGGUUCCAAGUCUUACUCGGGUGGCGACUGGAAGCUGUUGAAGGUUUAA